GUCUGAGCUUGUGAGCAAUCUGAAAGACUUACUCUUUAUUUUGUUACUGGCGUUUUAACAUAGCCUGCCAUGUCGUUUAAAGUAUUUUCUUUAAAUAAGCACAUUAUAUGUGGCCUGAAAACUCUCCAAAACAUCAGUGCGAGAAAGUUUAGCAUCGGUGCUGCAGUCCUUGGUUCUGUAAAUUUAAAGGGUCGCAGUUUCCUGACGUUGAAAGAUUUCAGCUCAGAUGAGAUCAGACACUUGCUAUGGGUGUCAAGUGACCUAAAACACAGGAUCAAGCAUGAAAAACAGUACCUUCCUCUUCUUCAGGGGAAGUCGAUUGCUAUGAUAUUUGAGAAGAGGAGCACCAGAACUAGAAUGUCCACAGAAACAGGUUUCGCUCUGCUGGGAGGCCAGCCCUGCUUCCUCACGUCUCAGGACAUCCACCUGGGAGUGAAUGAGAGCAGCACAGACACGGCCAGGGUUCUGUCUGGGCUGUGUGAUAUCGUCCUGGCUCGGGUAUACAGCCAUGCUACCCUGGAGGAGCUGGCUAAAGAAGCCUCCAUCCCCAUCAUCAACGGCCUGUCGGACCUCUACCACCCUAUCCAGAUCCUGGCAGACUUCCUCACCCUGCAGGAGCACUACGGUUAUCUGAAAGGGCUCACAGUCAGCUGGAUCGGAGAUGGCAACAACGUCCUCCACUCCUUCAUGAUGACCGCUGCCAAGCUCGGCGUCCACCUCAGGAUCGCCACACCCAAGGGUUACGAGCCAGACAGCUAUGUCAUUGAGGAGGCUCAGAGACUCUCCAAAGAGCAUGGGACCAGGCUCCUGAUGACCUCUGACCCCAUGGAGGCGGCCCACGGCACCAACGUCCUGGUGACGGACACCUGGGUCAGCAUGGGUCAGGAAGAGGAGAAGAAGCGCAGGGUCAAGGAUUUCCAUGGUUACCAAAUCACCAUGCGGACAGGAAGUGUGGCGAGUCCUGACUGGACCUUCCUGCACUGCCUCCCCAGGAAGCAGGAAGAGGUGAACGAUCAGGUGUUCUACUGCCCACGCUCCCUGGUCUUUCCUGAGGCGGAGAACAGGAAGUGGACAAUCAUGGUGAGCGCCAUAGCUGAGAGAAAGAGGAGAGACACUAGGGAUUUUCAUUUAUACAUAAUCCAGUAUAUUCAAUCAAUUUAGUAAUUAAUCAAGACACUCACCAUUUUUCUGCA